AUGUCAUCCCAACAAAAAUAUUCAUCAUAUGUCUUUUCAUUCCUUAUUAGCUUUAGUAUAUUACCAUCAGAUGUUGACGAUGAUCUCAUUAAGAAUUACCAAUAUAGAACAAUAGUGAAUAAUACAGCAAAAGCAAUUAGAGUUUAUGAAACGUUCAAUAAAAUCAGAGGAAGAGGAAGAAUUAUAAGAAUAAAAAAUUUUGGAUGGACAAUUAUUACCAGGAUGAAUAAAGAGGAAAGACAAUAUGUAAUAGAUAGAGUAAAAGCAAUAGAAAGAGGAAAUGAUGAGAAAGAAGAACAAUUAAAAAUUAAAAUGAAUACACUAAGAUUGCGAAAAGAAAGGAGAUUAUUAUUAGAAAAUGCAAAAGUAUAUCAAAAAUAUCCAAACAGAACAAGGAGGAAAAAGAAUUAUAACCCAAAUACACAAACAAUGGAAAAUAUUAAUGAGAAGGAAAUUAAAAUAAUGGAAUUAUAUACACCAAAAAUAAUGUAUGAAUAUAAGGAAAUGACAGAAGAAAAAGAAAAACAACAAGGAAUAGAAAAUACAAGAGAAUAUAGAAAUUGUAAAAUAGAAAUUGGAAAAAAUAGAUUUAAUAAUGAACUAAAACAACAGAAUGAUGAGAGGAUAAUUACGAUAUCUAUAGAGGAAUUAACAAAUGUUGGGAGAUUAUUACAGAAUAAUCAAAAUAAAUCAAAGAAAUAUUCAAAAUUAAGAGGAAAAUGGUUAGAAAAUAUCUAG